AUGAAUAUUAAAUAUUUUCUUGUUAUACUUUGUAUUGUUCUUUUGAUUACCUUUGAUUUUGCUGAAGCUGGAAAGAAAGGUGGAAAGAAAGGUAAGAAUUCCAAGGCAGUUGAAGGAAAAGAAAACAAAGCUGGAAAAGUAAAAGAACCAAAAGGAAAAGUUGAUAAAACUAAAGUUGAAAAAACUAAAGUUGAAAAAGUUAAAGGAAAAAAAGCUAAAAAAACAAAAAAAGUUGAAAAAGUUGUUGAAGAAGAAGUUGUAGAAGAACCAAAAGUUGAAGAAGUUGUAGUAGAAGAACAAGUUAAAGAAGUUGUAGAAGAAAGCCACACUGAAACUGAAGUUCCAGCACAUACAUUAACUCUUCAAGAAAAAAUAUCUGCUGCCAAAGCUGCUAAACAAGCAAAAGCUUCUUCAGCAUACGAACAAUGUAAACAAGAAUGUAGAGUUAAGAAAGAUCAACUUACAGCACAAGAGUAUGUUGAUAAACUUAGACAAGAACUUACUGAUGCUGAGGAAUACUUACUUUCACAACAAGUACCAGAACAAGUACCUGUUCCAGAAACUACUACUUCAGUCCCAGUUCUUCAAAAGAACAAAAAUGAACUUUAA